AAUUCCUAAAACUUAUUAAAUGAAUGAACAAUUGAAAAACACCGAACUAUGAGCAACAAAAUGAAUUAAAUUUUUAUUUUCUCCGAAUACAAAAGUCGAAAAUUUCGUUUCUUUAUUUCCUAAACUAACAUAAAUGUAUUUAUUUGCUGUCAUACCGAACAACUUAAUCCACUUAAAUACUGAUGUGAAUGACGUGGUCAACAGAACAUCCAGCAUUGCAUAAAAAAAUUCCUGCAACCGGAAUUAUUCGAUCUAAACCCCUUCCAAUCAUAACGUAUCCACGUGGAUUGUAUCAUGUUCUCAACCACAAAAAAUCACCAUCUACAACAACAACAAAGUGUUCGCGAUAGUGUCAAUAAUAAUCAAAUAGGAAAAUGCUAUCGCCAUUUCCAUCAACCCCUACAACGACAACACCGUUAUUCGUAUCACCAUCACCAUCGAAUACGGUCCGGGAUGCCAUUAUCGUCCAUGGUUUGUGUGGUGGCAGUGUUUUUCAUCACAAUAUUGUUGCAGCACAGUCAAGUAGCUAGCAGUGAAUUAUACAGUGAUAAUAGUAGUGUUUUUAAUGUUAUUGCUAAUGAGGAUAUUAGCGGGAGCUAUUUCAGCCCAAGUACCAGUAGAUUAAGACGUUCGCCUAUAUUUCAAAAUGAAUUCGCUGUAUAUAUACCAAGUGGAACUGAUGUAGCCGAUAGUUUAGCAGAUAAAUAUGGAUUUAGUAAUUUGGGACAGAUCGGAAGCCUAAAAGGAUAUUACCUUUUUCAUCAUAGACAUAUUUCAAAGAGAUCUGUUAGUAUUAGUGAAAUUCAUCACGACGCCCUCAAUUCGGAACCAGAGAUUCGAUGGGUACAACAGCAACAUGAGAAAAUUCGCCGGAAACGAGAUUACGCAACCGAUCUAAAUUAUCCCACGCUGAGAAAUUACGGGACUUUACGAAAUGUUGCACCGCAAACGCGUGUACAAUAUCGAGACACCGGCGUUCAUAAUAUAUUUCCUGAUCCACUUUUUAAGGAGCAAUGGUACCUGGUGAGUAGAAAUGGUGGCGCCAAGGAUGGUCUCGAUAUGAAUGUGGCCCCGGCUUGGCAGAAAGGAUACACAGGAAAAGGAAUUGUUGUAUCCAUUCUUGAUGACGGCAUCCAAACAAAUCAUCCGGAUCUGGCCCAAAAUUAUGAUCCGGGCGCAUCGUAUGACAUUAAUGGCAACGACUCUGAUCCCAUGCCUCAGGACAACGGCGACAACAAACACGGUACAAGGUGUGCCGGAGAGGUGGCUGCUGUCGCAUUUAAUAACUACUGUGGCGUUGGUGUAGCUUACAAUGCAAGCAUCGGGGGCGUUCGCAUGUUGGAUGGCAGUGUUAACGAUGCAGUCGAAGCAAAGGCACUCGGCUUAAAUCCGAAUCACAUCGAUAUCUAUAGCGCUUCCUGGGGACCAGAAGACGACGGUUCGACAGUUGACGGUCCAGGUCCGUUGGCACGUCGUGCAUUCAUUUACGGUGUGACCAGUGGCAGACAGGGUAAAGGAUCGAUAUUUGUAUGGGCGUCUGGCAAUGGUGGUCGCUAUACAGAUUCGUGUAAUUGUGAUGGAUAUACGAACUCAAUUUUCACCCUUUCUAUAUCAAGUGCUUCGCAGGGAGGCUACAAGCCAUGGUAUCUCGAAGAGUGUUCAUCAACAUUGGCAACAACAUACAGCAGUGGUACGCCAGGACACGAUAAGAGUGUGGCUACAGUUGAUAUGGACGGCCGAUUACGGCCAGACAGAAUAUGUACCGUCGAACAUACAGGCACGUCUGCAUCAGCACCACUUGCUGCUGGUAUAUGUGCGUUAGCUUUGGAAGCCAGUCCGACUUUAACGUGGAGAGACAUGCAGUAUUUAGUCAUUCUAACGUCCCGACCGGAUCCAUUAGACAAAGAGACUGGAUGGAUACUGAACGGAGUGAAACGAAAGGUGAGCCACAAAUUCGGUUAUGGACUAAUGGAUGCCGGUGGAAUGGUCAGUUUGGCCGAACAAUGGACUAUUGUGCCGCCACAACAUAUUUGCAAGUCUCGUGAAAUAAACGAAGAUCGACCGAUUGACGGUUCCGUUGGAUACACGCUACAAACGCAUAUGGAUGUCAAUGGCUGCGCCGGGACAAUAAAUGAAGUCCGGUUCCUGGAGCACGUUCAAUGCAAAAUCACUUUGAGAUUCUUCCCGAGAGGCAAUUUGCGUAUUUUGUUGACGUCACCGAUGGGAACGACGAGUACGUUGCUAUUCGAACGGCCGAGGGAUGUUGUCAAGAGCAAUUUCGACGAUUGGCCUUUCUUGAGCGUACACUUCUGGGGAGAGAAAGCCGAAGGCCGAUGGACACUGCAAAUUAUUAACGGCGGACGACGACGCGUCAAUCAAGCUGGAAUUCUAUCGAAAUGGCAACUGAUAUUCUACGGAACGCAAUCCAAUCCCAUUCGCUUGAAGAACGAUCCGAAUCUCCGUGAAUCGACCCAACGCGCUCCAUUUGUCUUUCCAACCGAUUCGGAUCUCAGCCAACAGCCACUCGGCUACAAUUACAACACCGAUCUGUAUUCCGGCUAUGUAAACUACCAGAAUUUGUUUAACGGUGCGGCCAGUAACAACGAACAAUCCGUGUCGACAUUGGACGGCCAUAAUAUACCGACACCGCAACGGGAAAUCGUCAUGGCAGAUUCGAACAAUAAAAUUGUUUUGCACGAUUGUGAUCCGGAAUGUGAUCAGCAGGGAUGUUAUGGUCGUGGUCCCACACAGUGUGUGGCAUGUAAACAUUAUCGUCUUGACAACACCUGCGUCAGUCGCUGUCCGCCAAGAAGUUUUCCCAAUCAGGGUGGCGUCUGUUGGCCAUGCCAUGAAUCAUGCGAAACUUGUGCUGGAGCUGGACAAGACAGUUGUUUGACGUGUGCACCAGCGCAUCUGCAUGUUAUCGAUUUGGCCGUUUGCAUGCAAGUGUGUCCGGAGGGAUACUACGAAAAUUACGAUAAUAAAACAUGUGUACCAUGUGAGGCUAAUUGUGCUUCAUGCCAGGAGAGACCCGACCAUUGUACUAGCUGUGACCACCACUUAGUCAUGCACGAAAACCAGUGUUAUUCUGCCUGUCCGGCACACACCUAUGAAACAGAGGAUUACAACUGUGCAUCUUGUCAUUCAUCCUGUUUAACCUGUAACGGUUCAUCAGAGUCGCAAUGCAUAACAUGCCGUUCCGGACGUUUUUCACACGAUGGGAAAUGUCUCAAUAGUUGCCCGGACGGCUAUUAUGGCGAUAAAAAGCGACAAGAGUGUAUGGCAUGUCCAACAGGAUGUGCAACAUGUUCGAAUAAUGGAUUUUGUCUAACAUGCAAGGAACAUUGGACGAAAAAUAAGAAAAACCGAUGCAUCGCUAGCGGAAGUGAAAAUUGUGAUGAAUCUGAAUACUAUGACAACGGUCACUGUCAUACGUGCCACUCGACAUGCGAAACCUGCAAAGGUCCAACCGAAGCGGACUGUUUAACAUGCUCGUCGUCUCUGUUAUUACAAAAUAAUAAGUGUGUAAAUACCUGUGAUGAUGGAUACUAUAUGGAAGCGGGCGUUUGUGCUAAAUGUUUGCACACAUGUAACCAGUGUGUGUCAAGAAUGAAUUGUACAUCGUGUGCCAAGGGAUUGCAAUUACAAAGCGGUGAAUGCAGAACAACUUGCGCUGAAGGGUAUUACAGCGACCGGGGCACUUGUGCUAAGUGUUAUUUAAGUUGCCAUACAUGCAGUGGCCCGAGACGUGAUCAAUGUGUUAAGUGUCCAAACGAUUGGCAAUUGGCUGGUGGUGAAUGCCAUCCCGAAUGUCCUGAAGGAUUCUUCAAAACGCCAUUCGGUUGUCAAAAGUGCCAUCACUACUGCAAAACAUGCUCCGAUGCCGGUCCACUGGCUUGCACAUCAUGUCCGUCCCAUUUCAUGUUGGACAAUGGCUUGUGCAUCGAAUGUCUUGGAUCGCAAUUCUACGACCCGCCGACGCAACAAUGCAAAACAUGCCAUGAAUCGUGUAGGUCGUGCAGUGGCCCCGGACAGUAUUCAUGUGUUACAUGCGCCUUUCCACUACAUCUCGACCGAUUAAAUAAUCAAUGUGUGCCUUGCUGUCCGACAGAUGCAUUACCAGAGGAUCAGUCGUGUUGCCAUUGUGAUAAAGAUACAGGUGGCUGCAUAAAUUCAUCACCAGCGGGAAAGCGUCGCAUUGCAAUCGGAGCUGAACAGCAAUUCGGCGACGAUGGUCUGUUCGGUAACGGUGACGAGUCAAACGGUGCCCUAUCCAAUGUCGGCUCGAUUUACACAACGAUAACAGCGAUUACCGUCGCUGCCUGUUUGCUGAUUGUGACCGUUUUUGUCAUCAUAUUCGCAACGCUACAGAGAAAUAGCUACAAAUCGCACACCAACGUUAAAUACAAUAAGCUAUCGAAAGGGAAAAGGUCAUCUGGAUCGGGAACGAACACCGUGGCCAUACCAUGUGGUGAUGAUGACGGCGAUUCGGCACCAAUGAUGGCAUCAACAUUAAACUUUAGUGACGACGACGAUGAAGAAGACGAUGAACAUAACGGGAAUGAAAUUACGUUUUAUGCUAAUACGUGAGAGGGAGUGUGAGAGACGGAAAUGUAAUAGUUUAGGGGCAAUGAAAUAAAAUUUAAAAAUAAAGAAAAAAAAUGGAACAAAAAAACUUAAACAAAAAAAAAUUGAAAAUAAAAUAAAUUUCAAAAAAAAGCAGAAGAAAAAACAACUGAGGAGAAGAUAAAACAAAAUGUUAUAUACGAGAAGAAAAAGUAGUUUUAUAUUAAACGAAUUAAACGAAACCGAUGAGAAUUUAAAAACAAAACAAAAAAAAAACAAAAUUUUUUGGGGAUGUGUGCAUAAAGGUUUAUGAACGUUUUUUAUUAUUUGGAAAUUAUUGACUGUUUUGAAAUAAAAAAAAAAUUAUUUCUAUUUCGA